GUCUCUGUGUUGUGAGGGGUCCCUGAGCUGGGACUGGCCAGAAGAUGACAGAAUACAAGCUGGUGGUUGUGGGAGCUGGAGGUGUAGGGAAAAGUGCUUUGACAAUUCAGCUUAUCCAGAACCAUUUUGUUGAUGAAUAUGAUCCUACAAUAGAGUUCUUCAACACUAAGUGUACUUUCUCUAAUUUGCUCCACUUCUGGUGUGAUCUCUGCAGGGAACAGAUCAAGAGGGUGAAAGAUUCUGAUGAUGUCCCCAUGGUGUUGGUGGGAAAUAAAUGUGACCUUCCAGCCCGGACUGUGGAAACGCGGCAAGCCCAGGAGUUGGCUCGGAGCUAUGGAAUUCCCUACAUUGAGACAUCGGCCAAAACUAGACAGGGAGUUGAAGAUGCCUUCUAUACUUUAGUGCGGGAGAUCCGACAGCACAAACUACGCAAAUUGAAUCCUCCAGAUGAAAGUGGCCCAGGCUGUAUGAAUUGUAAAUGUGUAAUAUCAUGACUAAGCUGACCACACUGUGACUUGGAGGAGUUUCCACUAUACUUAGUGCGGAGAUAGAGGUGAUGUGAAAGAAGAAUCAUAUGGAUUCAAGGAAAGAAGACAAACAAGAUGGUGCCUGCAGGCCUCAAAAACUCCGCAUGGACUUUCUCUAAACUUCACCAAGGCCUGCAAUGAACUAUUUUUAUUGUGUUUUUUUUUAACAUCCUCCCGCCACUUUCUGCUUCUUUCUUCCUCCUAGAAAUUAGUACAAAGCCACAAAUAGAAUUUCAGUAAAUUAUUAUAUGAUGGUCUUGACACUGGCUUUUACAUCUCUGUCUCUGUUUGAGAGGACUGAGUGAUCUUCCCUGUCCCUGAGCAGGGAUUGGCAGAGAAGAAAGAAGGCCUACACAGAGCAGAGGUGUGGGUUGUUCCUCCACAUGUGGUGGCAGGAGCAAAUACUGGUUAAUCAACUGAUGGGCUUGGUCUAGUGGCUGCCACUUUGGUUUCAAGGAGCAUUUUAGAAAAGAAGAAACAUGUAAUUUCUGGGUUGAAUGGCUCCAUGGUUGUAUUGUAGAAAGGUUAGUUGUCUGCAGAUCAGAUCUGUUUGGAGAGCAUUUCUGCCCACCACUGCUUUGUCAUUCCAUAGUGGCAGGGAAGCUACCAGUUCCCAAAUUGCUGAAACUAUUCUCUGGGUGGGAGAUACCACUGCCCAACCUUGUAAACAGGGUUCCAUAUUAAUAGGAAAAUUGCUGUAUCUAGAUUAUUUGUUCAACCAUCCGGCCUGUUAGUUUACCCUGGUGUAGGGAAAGAAUAUGAUCGGUUCCAUUCUUCAAUGCUUACUCUCCCCUAUGCUAAAAUAUCCCUGUGGGUUUUGCUUGCAGAGAUUUUGGUUUCAUUAAAGUUCCCUGAAGACCUGGAUUGUGUCCUCUUUAAAUCCAGGAGUGUGGGAAAGAGGGACUGGCAUUUCACUGAUGUAUAUCACUUCUAUUUUUUUUUCUUCCUCAUGGCCUGUUGGGAGGAUUCGUGUAUGUGUAAAUAUAUAAAUGACUAUACAGCAACUUCUUGAUGGAGACUGAAGAACCUUUGAUUCUAUGACUCUCAAUCCAUUUUCACUGAGCCCAUUAUUUUAUUGAUUGGGUUGUGGGGGGAACCCUUGUUUUUUUUCUUUUGGGGGGCACUGGGUACUGUGCGAUCUCUUACUCCCUCUCCAAACCAUCGUGUCUUACCAGAUGUUGGGAAGGGAGGGUUAUUUAGUGGGCAAGAAAGGGUCACUUGCUGGCUUUCCUAUUUGUUGUAAGUUUGGCCUCUUUUCUGAGCAGUUUUUUAUGCUUGUUGCCUGUGCUGGGGCUGACUUCAUUGAUGUGCUUGUUGCAAACUGUGUCUACUUCCCUGGAGUUGGAGCUAGUGCCUGGAAACAUCCGACCUGUUUCCUUGUUCCUGCUCUAAACCUUCCUCUUUCCUUUUGCAGCCGCUGUGCCUACGCUUACUGCAUGCACAGCUCAGAUUCCUGCUCUUUGGGUGGCAGCUCUUCUGUAUUACUGUGACUGUACCAAUUAUACUUGCUGUAAUUAAAAGGGUUUUUUUUCUCCAGUAAAACUGGAUGCUCUCAGCACUGGAUGAAUGAAAGAAAACCAGUCCCUUCCAAUAAUUAGGUUAACAGGUAUUAUUUUUAAAAAGUGUUGGGGGUGUAAAAGAGAACCCAAACCUAGCCUUAAAUGUAAUUAAAAGUGUUUUGUUCUCAAAA